AUGAAAGAUCUGCUGAAGCUCUUCUUCUUCCUGGCCCAGGGACUCCUCGUCCUUGGGACCACCACAACAGGGGGUCCUCCCAAAUGCAAUGCCGACAACUGCUAUCGCGCCCUCUUCCCCUGUCCAUCCCCAUCCGCCGUCUCCGUGGCCUCGGCGUUCUGCGCCACCAUAACCGCCUCCGGCACCACCGCAACCAACUAUCCCACCCGAGCCACCAACGCCUGUGGCUCUACUCCCGAUCGCUACAUCUCCGCUUGCAAAUGCGGCCCAACCUGCUCUUCCACCACCACCACCACCGCUACCGUAACCGCCUGUCCCUCGGCUACCCCUUCCAACGGCGGCCUAGUCUACGGUGACUUCGAAUGCCCGUCCCCUUCUCCCCCCUGGACCGUCCAAAUCCUCGAUCCCUCUUUCUCCCUCUCCACCACCACGAUCAACAGCUUCACCGGUAACCGCUCUCUCCGCGCUUCUCUCACUGGCCCAUCUACCUGCUCUGGAGUCUGCACCAAUGCGCGCAUCAUUAGUCCUCCACUCCCGAUUACCCCAAACACCGACUACAAACUCACCCUCGCCACCUUCUUCCCCAAUAACGCAAACGGCGGCACCGGCUCAACCGGCUUUAUCGGCGUCCAGAUCAACGGGCGUGCAGGCCUAACCAUCGACGCCAACGACAGCCCGGGUCGCGAAAAGUGGCGCUUCACGCAGUCCCCCUGGCGUUCUCUUGCGUCUGAAACCACCGCUGAGAUUCGUAUCGAGUGGAUCGGUCCUCCCUCUUUCCUCGACACCGUCACUUUCGCCCCCGUCUCGGCCUAUUCCGGAUCAACCCCUCCACCUCUCGGUAUCCUUCCCGGCGGCGAGUUCGAGAACGGGUUAGGUUCCUGGACACAACAAGUCCCCGACCCCGGUGCCACCGCCGGCGUCGUCACCUUGCCCCUCCCCGGCCAAGUCAACCCCGAUUACCGCUUCGGUUCGCACGCCUGGCGGGUUGUCUCUCCCCAGAAACCAAACCCUGCGAACCAAGAGUUCCUCGUCUCUGCCCGUCUUAUUUCCCCAACGGUGUCGGUGAUCCCUGGGCGAAAGUACUUGAUUAGCUUCUCCACGUACUUUGAUGCGUUCGGGAUUGGGUUCGUGGGGCUGAUGGUGAAUAACUUGCCGAUUUAUACGAGGGAUCCUGCAGAUGCAGGGCAGGGAGGGAUUGGAUGGUGGGGACCGAAUACGGUUUACUGGACGGCGCCUGAGAACGUGUCGAGUGCGCAGCUCAAGUUUGAGGCGGUCAUGUCGGAGGCAGGGACGAUGGGGGUGGAUGCGGUGGUUAUGGUGGAGGUUAAUCCCGCUGCUGUCACUGCUUGAGGUCAAGCGAGUGGGGGGGGCUGCAGAUGAUGUAGGUGCUUGUGGUGGUGAUGUUUGGAGGCCCUUUUACUUUGGUCAGCCCUGGUGACAUGGAGUUCGGGAUUCGAGGUGUCCACAGAUGGUAGGAG